ACAUCAAUUAAUUAGCCGUCUGUGUCAACUAGGAGAAGGAACUCGUUCUCACACCAAGCGAGGAAACCAAACCGAAGGAAAAGGAAAAAUGUUGCAGUUCCCGGCGUUCAUGACGCAGUACCCGUGGUCGACGAGGACGAUUCCGACGUCGUUUCUGCUUCCCUCUCAGUGGCCCCAACCCCACAGCGAGGAGCUCCUUCUCGCCAUGGAGGAGUCCGAUUUCGAUGAAAAGUGUAAUGAGAUCAGGAAGACAAAUAGCAACCUGGUUGUGAUUGGGAAAACCACCGUUGAUAAUGACAAAGAAGACUAUGACAAUGAUGCCGACGACGACGAUGCAGACAAUGCAGAGGAAUCUGAGGGUGAAGAGUUUGAGCAGGAAACUGCUUGAAAAGGCUUUGUAUGCCCCCCAAUUCUUACCUUUUGUGUGUAAAGAUACUUAAUGUUGGCAUAUGCAACGGCAUGACUUAUAGUUAAUAAGAACAAUUGCAAGCUUCAAAGAUA